AUGUCUGGUCAAGAAGAUGAUUAUUCAAGUAAUAUUGAUGAUCAAUUAUUGCAAAAUGUUGAAGAAUCAUCAAGAAUUAAAGUAGAAGAUUUUUCAAAUACCUCAGCUGAUUCAACUACUAAUCAAAAUAAUAAUGGUUCAUCAUCAUCAUCUGUUGCUAGACUUGGUAAAAAUAAACCUAGUGCUACUCCAAUUAAUAAUGGUUCAAACGAUUAUGAUAUAAAUGAAAAAUAUCAACAAAUGGCUCAACAAGCACAACAUCAACAUCAACAACAUUCCCAACAACAACAAUUACAUUUACAACAACAACAAGCUCAUCAUCAACAACAACACCGUCAGGUUUUAAAUAGUCAUCAUCAACAUCCUCAACAACAACAACAACUUCCUACUCAAUAUAAUUUAUCACAUUCAAAUCAAUUAAAAAGUGAUUUAGAUAGCUCUCCAGAAUUAUCAGAAUAUAAUAUUCAAAUACCUGAUCCAAUUAUUGAUUCAAAAUCAAAAAUCUAUCCUGUUAAAGAAAAUACUAUAACUGCUGAAGGUAAUUUAAUUACAAGACCAUAUCCAGAGCAAAUUUUUGAUAAUCGUGAUCAAUUGAAUGAAUUUAUAGCUGAAUUUGCUAGAGAUAAUGGAUUUGGUGUUGUUAUUGCUCAUUCAAAUAAAAAAGCUAUUUAUUAUACAUGUGAAUUAGGUGGUAGAUAUCGUCAUAAAAAAUCUAAAAAAAUUGAUUUAACUAGACAAAUUGAUGUUGGUGAUGGUUAUAUGUUGGAUCCAGAUACUAAAACUAAAAAAUUAAAAUGUCCAUUUGCAAUGACCGCUUCAUUUAAAAAAUCAACUGGUGUUUGGAAUUUAAGAACUACAUGUAAUGAACAUAAUCAUCCACAAUUAGAUCCAUUAUCAAAUCAUCCAAUGUUGAGAAAAAGAAGUGAUGAAUUAAAUUUAUUAAUUUUAGAUUUAUAUAAAGUUGGUACAAAACCUUCUCAUAUUGAAUCAAAGAUUAAAGAACAAUAUCCUGAUGUUUUAAUUAAAAGAGAAGAUAUAUAUAAUGAAAUUAGAGGUUAUAAAAGAAAAUUAAAGAAACAAAAUUCAAGAUUUGGUUUUAAUAAUCCUUCAAGAAUUGCAAAUGCUACUUAUAGAAGAAAAGCUCAAGAAGCUGCUGCUGCUGCUGCUGCAAAUGCUGCAGGUACUACAACUGGUGGAACUUCAAAUUCUAAUAAUAGUACUAAUAAUCCAGAUGCUGAAGCUGUUGCGGCUGUUGCUGCUGCUGCAAGCGCAAAUGCAUUUUUACAUACAAAUGAUUCAAAUGAGUUUGAUAAUUAUCAACAUCAACAAGCUGCUGCUCAACAACAUCAAUUACAACAAGCUGCUCAACAACAUCAACAAACUUUGCAACAAUUAUUACCACGUCAUCAACAACAACAAAUUUCUGAAUCUCAACAAGAAGAAUUCCAACGUCAAUUUCAACAUCAAUUGGAUGAAAAUCAAUAUCAUCAAUAUCAACAACAUUUACAAGAUCAUGGUAUAAAUGAUAAUGAUGCUACUGCUGCUGCUGCUAUUGCUGCUGUUGCUAAUGCUACUCGUCAUAAUCAUAGUCAUUAUGAAAAUAGUGAUUUAUCAAUGGAUAACAUUGAUAGUAGAUUAGUUGGUGAAUAA